CUUCCUUUUGUUUCUCCACUCGUGUCUCCGGGCAGUUUCACAACUCAGUAUACACAGGCUCCCUCGAUUCCUUCAGGGGAUUGUGGGUGCUGGCUGGCGUGCUCUGCUUGAUGUCCCCUUCUGGAUCCUCUUAUUAACCUAUUACCUCACUCCGUUUCCUGUUUUCUCUUUAUUUGUCCCCUGAGUUUGGUUGUUGUGUACCCAGUGGCCUCCCUUUAAUACGGGAAGCUUAUAGUUUUUUGUGUUGGACCUAAGCCCUUUGAUCUUUUAGCCCAUCAAAUAGGUCUGAAUAGAUAACGUGUUUAUAACUUCUUGAAUAGAAACCUCCCUCCCUCACCCCAAAACACAGUGCAAAAAACAUAGUUUGUUGGAUUGUGAAUUGUGAGGAUCUGAUCUAGAUCUCCACCCAUGGAUAUGCAGCUGAAUGGCACUUUCCUCUAAUGUCUGAAAGAGAUCUAAAAGCAGCAGUAGGUGUGCAUCAGCUUGCUAGUGUUGAUUUAAAAUGUCACUGAGACAAGGUGGUUCAGUUUCUGUAUAUACACUGUAUAUUCUGUAUAUACACUGCACUGGUUUCUGCUGUAUUUAUGUUAGUGGCAGAAUGUGAUCUGCUGAGAGGUUGGAUGGCACUGUUGGCAUCACUGGAGAAGUGCCACAUUCAAGAGUGGAAAAGGGACAGUUUAUAGGAAUAAACAAAGUGGAGAUGGUUUCCUGCGGUCAGAUGGCAAAACAUCUGACUAGGUACUGAGCUUGUUUCUUGGGAAACCAAUGCUGCAUUAGCGGCUUAGGCCAUGGAGGCAUGAUUGAGUUAAUGAGUGGCAAGUCAAGGUGUCCCAAUUAAAAUAAAAAAAAUAAAUAAAAAUUCUGUGAACACAUGAGGCAAGUGCUAAAAGUGGGUCCUGCCCCCAAAGUGGGAGAAGUAGCCCUGGAUGAAUUGGGGCUAAAUUUAUCGCACUGCAAUGGAGAUGCACGAGAAACAUUUCUCGUGCUUUCAGCUGCCCAGCCUUUUGUUUUGUUUGUAUGCAGCUGCCAUGGUGAAGUUUGCUUCAGGUUUCUACCGCGAGCUUUGCCUCUCCUUUUGUUUGUCCAUAAUUUUACUUGUCCAUGGUUGUUUUCCUGUUCUUGUGACCCCUUGUGAUCACCCCGACAAGCAACACUGGCAAACUUUUUCCAGGAAUUUGUCUUCCCAUUAGCCAAAACAGUAUAUGGUUAAUUUAAUUUGCAGUACUGGUACAUGUUAAAACAUCAGGUCUUUAUUUGUUACCUGUUAAUAGGAUAUUUGUUAUGGUCAGUAAGCAGAGUAAUUUUUGUUAUAAAGUAAAAUUAUGCCUUAAAAAAAUAGUUCAGCUAUUUGGUCCCCUCUUUCCUUCUCACCAUAUAGUUAACAGCAGUAGCAGCAUGUAGUCUGAUGAAAAUCUGCAGUGUUGUAUUGUCCCAGGAUUACUUGCUAAGGAUAAAGAGAAUUAUUUUAAGAAUUUGGCUAUACAAAGUACUCCCGACUAUGUAUUCCUGUAAAUAGUAGCAUAAGACAGUUUUGCGUUGUUUACUAUAAUAAAAUAACUCAAGUGCAGACAGAAUCCAUAAUAAGUUACUAGAAGCUUUCAUCGGAGAAAACAAAGUGAUACUCAGAUAUACUAGCUUCCUGUUUUUCUAAUAUAAGAAAAUAUCUGAUAUGCUGUGGCUUGAUAAACAAUCUAAUUGAGAGGAAAGUUUGCUAAUUGCAUUCAGUGAAGUGAAAAUGGUUGUUGAAUAAAAUCAUUUAUUGAUUAUUUUGCAGACAACAAAACUGUUAUAAAUCUUUGGCAGCUGUGUAUGGGAAGGGGAAAAUUUGCAAAUUCUGUUUUUUAUUUGUGGGAAAAACAAAUCGUAGUGCUUAUGAAUUACUAAUGUCAAUCCAUGUCCCUGAACUGCCCUUAUAUCAAGGUCUGCUCCAUCCACAGAUUUACCUUGUUUUAACUAAAAGUGUAACUUUUACCCCAGUUUAAUUUUAAAAGUGAAACUUCAUGAGUGUGUUUAAACACUUAUAUCCUGUUUAUAUCAUUUUAAAUUGAACAAGUGAAUGCAUAUUUACUGAACUAAACUGAAAACAGUUUAAACUGAUAGAUAUAUGUUCAAACAGAGGCAAGUUUAUGUGGUUACACUUAUUAUGUGCAUUAAACAAAAAAGGUUUUUGGUUUGUUUUUUUUUUGUUUUUAAUUCAGUCAUUUGAGACUGCCAACCUGUUCCUCCAUCUUUUGCGAGGCUUUUUAAUUUUUAAUGUCUUUGGACUCUGAAUUGAAGAUGGAGUACGAAUCCCAGUAUGUCUAGCUGCACCCGUCCCAGUAUGUCUAGCUGCAUUCCUUAUGUAGAGGUUUAGGACUAAUGGAUCUGCUUUUAUGGGACUUAAAGUGGUGGGAUGCCUCUUGAAGUGGCUGCACAGCUGUACAUUUCACUAUGCCUGCCUUUAGCUUGUUUAGGUUCCUAUCACAAUAUCCUGUGCAUCUCCCCAGCUGCACAAGUCUCAGCUUUGUCUUGCUGCCUCCCAGAAAACAGAAACAUUUUAACAGGUUACUAAUCAUAAAGAAUUUCACAAAUCAUUCUGGUUUUUUUGAGAAGAGAUUACCCUGAGAAUCAUGAACAUCAGUGACUUUGUAAUACUCCCAGGUUCAAAAACUGGAACCUCUGUCAAAUUAAAAGCAAAACAUCUCCGAGAACUGCAGUUGGAGAAAGUACAGUUAGAACUACAAAACAAGGAGAUGGAAAAGAAAUUACAGUUACUACAAGCAAACAUGAGCAGAGAAAAAGAAGAAAGGGAACGAUCAAGUGGAUAUCGUUGGAAAUCUGGGCAAGUCGGACCAAUGGGCAUUCAACCACAAAUAUUUUUACAAAAUAAAGAAAAUGGUGUUAAGGUUUCUUCAGGAAAAGUGAAGUUGAAAAUACUCAGAGAACAGAUUCAAGAGCCAGUGAAACUGCCACUUAAACAUAAAAUGUCAAAUGUUGUGGCUACUGAAAAUCCUAAAAUGAAGGGGAAGGUAUGUGGACAAUGUGAGACCAAAAAUGCAUUAUUGGUAUGCUUAGAGUGUGGGGAAGAUUAUUGUGGAAGCUGCUUUGCUAAAAUCCACCAGAAGGGGGCACUGAAGCUCCACAGAAUGAUUCCUUUACAGGCAAAACCCAAUGCAUCUGUUGGAAAAUUGGAAGUUGUUCAUCGCUUCAUGAAAGAAGUUAAUCCAGAUGAAUCAAAAAUGAAUCAUGAGCAGAAGAAAGAAAGUAGCACAAAUCAGCUCACGUCAGACACAUCUUCAUCUCUGCUAAUGUCAACAAUCAGUGCUGUGGAAUUUUCUACCUCAUCAACGUGGACAGGUUCUGAGAAUCAGGAUGGUAGGUUAUUACUGCAUGGCACCUUUGAUGAGGAUGAAUCUUCAAAGUCCUUUCAGGAAGCUUUAACUCAGUGGAGGCAUGGAAAUCAUGAACUCAAAAAGAAACAAAACUCUAUCAAAGCUGAAGCAGAAUCCAUGGGAAUUUGUGAGGUACAGACCCAUCUUACACUUUCAAGAGAACCUGUUCAGAUUGAAUUCAGAGAAGACAGCUUGAGCUAUAUGGAAAAACUGUGGCUUAAAAAACACAGAAGAACUCCCAUUGAAAAAGAACCUGGUAUUCAGGUAAAUGGAUUCAGACCUGGGCAGUCAGUGGUAAAUGAAUUUCACAAUGCUCUGGACAGAGAAGGAAGAAAUGAGGAGGAGGAGGAUUUAAUAGCUGAAGAUAUGAAACAAUAUUGGACAUCUCUUUUUAGAACAGAAGUAUCUGACGCUGUUCCUGAGUUCUCUGAAUCUUCUUUGAAAAUUGAGGUACUUGAUAAUUCUUAUGAGGAUGACUUAGAAGAAUCAUCCAACUUUAUGGUGACAGAACUUGGAUCAACUAAAUCGGGGAACAAACAAAGAGCUAUGGGAACUGAACACCAACAGAGUACAGUGUCACGCUUUUCACCAGCCCAAGCUCUUGAUAUAACUAGAAAGUCAUUUGAUCAUGUACCUUCCACAGCUGAUAAAAAAGAUCUUCUAAUACCUCCUUGGGACAGGAAUACUGCACCUUUGGAACAAAUUUCUAAAGUUUCAUCAGGACAGACAUCUACAGCAAGCCAUGCAGGAAUAUAUACUGAGUGCCAUCAUUCUGCUACAGGAGAAAAAGUUCUCAGUAUUCCUCACAAAGGAGAUAUAACUGCAAAGGCAGGCAUUAAAACAAACACUGAUAGAAGAUUUCUUUCCUCUUGUAUGCCACCUGAGAAGUCUUUUGGCCUCCCUAAAUUGGCCAUAAAGAAACCUUCCUCCAAGUUGAGAUCACUGAAUGACAGUGCUGAUUCAGCGGAAUUUAAAAGUUUCUCCAACAACCAGAGCAUGGCUUUAACUACGAAGUCCUCAGUGUUGUUACAGGAAGUAGCCCGAAGACAAAAACCUGUUUCUACCCAGUACCUCGGACUUGAGAAUUUUUUUAGCUUGGGUGCAAAUUCUAAGCAAGUAACAACUGAACCACUUCCAUCAUUGUGCUCUGAUUCCAGCCCUACAGAUAGCAUUUCAUUUUCAGAAAUGUGGCCAUAUGCCUGCAGUGGCUCAGGUAAGAAGCUGGGGACACUAGAGCACACCUCCAUGCUCAACUGGAGCAGGCAGCUUGAGCCAAAGCUAGCCCAUCCACCCUGCAAGGAAGGAGCUGAACAGUGGGUCAGAAUGCGUAGUUUAAGUGACCAUGCUGAAGAGUCUAUAGUACAGGACAUAUGGCAAAGUGAAUUGAGCAGACCAUCAAGUGGUUUGAGACAACGAAACACACAUGCUAGAACUUUUCUACAGAGAUCAGUGCACAGAUCACCUGCUGUGACUAGUUUCCCGAGACCUUUAUCAGCAAAUAUCCCACUCUGUGGAAUGAUUAAGAGUCGUCCUAUCCCGUGUUCACGUUCUCAGAUAAGACCAAAAAGUUCAACCAGUCAGCUGCUAUCUACAGUUGUUGCUGAAAUAUCCAAAUUUGAGUUUGAUGAUCGAACUGAACAAAAUGAUCCUCUUUUAGAAGAUAUUGCUGAUCAACAAGCCUUAGCUAGUUUGGAAAAAGAAUUGCAAAGUGAUAUAGAUCCGCAGGAAAAACUUUGCCGCUUAACCUCUGAAGACUUAUCAGCUUCCAGCAGACAUUCAAAGAAGAUAAGUGAAAAUAUUACAGAUUUCCAUAAUAACCUAGAACUGAAAGACCACAGUAGAGUUGAUACUUUAAGUGAUUGUGAUGAAAACUACCCUGAGGAGGAAGAAAUUCUGAGAGACAAGCAACUGGUUCUUGCCCUACAUUGACCAGCAAGUAAAUAACUUUGCUUGACAUAAAAUGAGUAGCAGGCAUAGUCAUCUAGGGCACUGUAAACUUUAACUGUUGAAGACUGCUUUGUAGGUUACUGAUAUGAAUAAAAGGUGUUUGAAAAUAAAA